AGUUGGAUAUGGCGGGAGUAGUGGCUGGGCAUGGCGCACUCCCUCUCACGCGCGCUAAUCCAGCUCCAGGGAAAUUAGGGUGCCACAAGAUCACCAUAGCUAUGGCAUCGCACAAUGCGAGUCUCGAUAAGAGGAAUCCAGCCCUGGUGAUCAGUCGUCGAGCGGCAUUCUCCUCGGCGGCAAUGCUUUCGCUGCCGCUCCUUGAGGCAAUUCUUUCGCGCAAGGCGGCGGCAUUGAUCGAGGCCGACGAUGACGAGGAGCUUCUGGAGAAGGUCAAGGGGGAUCGGCAGAAGCGGCUGGAGAAGCGAGAGACUUUGAUCGGUCUCAAGGAUGAAACAGCCUAUGUCCAGAAUGCUGUAUACCAGAUGAGCAAAGCUGGGCAAGCCAUCGAGAAGGACGAUUUUGUGGAAGCCAGCAACAUCCUUGGAGCUGCUGAUUGGGUGUCCAAGACUAAAGAGGCAUUUUCCAAGGUUUGCGGAAGAACACAAGAUCACAAGUCGAGCUUUACGUGUUUAUAUUCAAUGCAGGUGAGCAAGAAUUCCGAGCAACAAGGCCAAGCGGAGAUCUUCACCUCUUCUCUACAAACACUCCAAACUGCUGUUUCAAACAAGGAUGGACAAUCGGCCAAGGUCGCGUUUUUCACCUCCGCGACAGCGCUUGAAAAGUGGACGAGUUUGACCGGACUCACGGAACAAAUCAAAGGCCUGUAAAUCUAUGGAUCCUUCAAAGCAAAGUGUCGAAAGCUAAGUUUUU